GUACUAGCGUUGCUAAGCGACGCGUGGUUGCUGCCGCUGCCUAUGUCUCGGUUCUCUGCGACUACACGCGGGAGGGCGCAAUUCGCGAUGGGCACCGCAGAUGAAUUCAACAGGAAUAAUAUAAAAAAGAAAAAUGAAGCCAACCAGUGAACCUCUACCUCGUGAACAUAGUACUGAGACUGUUCUCCAGUGCAUUUUAAAGGCGUCCACUAGUGAAUUGGAUAGUUUACAGUGGCUAUCCGAUCAAGGGGCUUCCAAUCAUAAUUUUCUGUUUGCAAAGGCUGAAGAACUUCUGAAAAAGCGAAUCAAAGAUGGAGAGCCACUGGCAUAUUUUCUCAAAGGGCAACUUUAUUUUGAAGAGAAACGGUAUGAAGAUGCAUUAUUGCAAUUUGAACAAAACACGGAUUUUCAGUCCAUGUAUCAGCUGGGUGUAAUGUACUACGAUGGAUUGGGAACUCCUCCAAAUUCUAAGAAAGGAGUUGAAUAUAUGAAGAAGAUUCUCAACUCUGACUCCCCUAAAGCAAGACAUUUAAAAUUUGCUGCUGCUUACAACCUUGGCCGAGCUUACUAUGAAGGACAUGGGACUCAAUUUUCUGAAGAAGAAGCUGAAAGAUUAUGGCUUAUUGCUGCAGAUCAUGGGAAUCCAAAAGCAAGUGUAAAGGCUCAGAGUACCCUUGGAAUGUUGUAUUCAGCCCAUGCUAAGGAUUUUAAAAAGGCGUUCUUUUGGCACUCAGAAGCUUGUGGGAAUGGAAGCUUGGAAUCUCAAGGCAUCCUUGGGAUUAUGUAUCUUCACGGACAUGGUGUACGUCACAACUUGAAGGCUGCUUUGGAGUGCCUCAAUCAGGCAUCAGAUCGAGGAAAUGUCUAUGCUAAAGGCCAUUUAGUGGAGUAUUAUUACAAAAGAAAAUGUUUUAUAAAAACGGCCGAGUUUGCCAAAAGAGUAACAGAAAAUGACAAUGUUGAAAAGAUAGCAGAAGAAACAGAUUGUCUUCCUUUUUACAUAAGCAGAGGACUUGCAAUGGCUUCUUUCUACUUGGCCAGAUGCCUCCAGCUUGGCCGAGGAACCCAACAAGAUUUAGCAGCAGCUAAAAAGUAUUACUCUAAGGCAUGUCAAUUGGAUCCUGCUUUAGCUGCUGAUCUUGAGCUGACUGCUAAUCAUGGGAGAAUUUAGAAUAUUAUUUCGCUGAAUCUAAGCAACACAUUUCUUUCAAUCAAACUUUCACGUUUGAUUAAAGUGAAAAACGUUUGUCUCCCUUAUUCUUCAUUCAGACUAAUGCAUAUAAAUUUCCUUUAGUAAAGUUAUAACCAUUACUUUGUAAAGUUAUUCUAUAACCCUGUUAAUAUAAUAAAAGUUGACUGAAGAUCACCGAGUACAUUUUUGAAGGCGUUUGCAAUCAUCUAUUCUUGGUUAAAACUGUGUGCUGUGUCAAUACUCUGUCUUCCAUAACAUUUCUUUUGAUCCUUUGUAGUUAUAGUGAAGAAAGUUUGGCUAGCCUCUCAGAAGAAAAAGAAAGCCUCUACUCCUUGCCUUAAGUAUAAAUUCUGUCAUAAUCAUGAAGUUUAGAGAAUGCAAUCAUGAGGUUUAGAAAAUGCAAUUCUCUUGGGUUUCUCAAAACUGAUUUCAAACAAGAUCAUUUCUAUACAGAAUGAGAUAAGGGAUAAAGAGAAAGCAUAAACACUUCAAAGAAAACAAAGUAUUCAUUAACUUAAACCAGCUUCUUUCAUAUACUGGCAAAUAGAAAUCACUAAUCCUGCACACGGCAUCUUCAGAUGCUGAAGAAAAUGACAACAGAAAUACAGAAAACCUAUUAUUUAUUCAUGAUGCACUGUCAGGUUGGAUGCAAACAAAAGGAAAAUGUGGCCAGUCUAUUACAUAGCUUCACACAGCUUAUAUGGAUUAUGUCUUUUGGGUUAAAAAAAAAUGGUUCC